AUGACAUUGUUAAUAUCCACAUGGUCUCGUGGUAGUUUUAUAUACAGUGAGUUUAUUGUUCCCAUACCAUCAACGUCACAGACAACUCGGAAUGUACAGAUUGAUGUACAUAUUGGUCAGGUGAGAGAGAUUCAUCCUAUUGAUGAAUUCUGUACCAUGUGGAUCGAUCUUUUGUUGUUAAUUUAA